AUGAAUACGGAAACAUAUUAUUGGGUACAGGUAAUUGUACGGGAAACUAAUGGAGGAUCGAAACUGGGUCCGUGUCCGGAAAAGUGGUUACCACUGAUCCCAACCAAUAAUUAUGCGCUUCUUGAAAAAUGCAUCGCUCACGUCAAUGUAACUUUAUUACAAUCAAAAGUAACAGAAGUAAAUGGUGCAAUAAAUGCGUGUUCCCAUGUAUUUGGCAAUGAAUCAACCAUUGCAACGAUUUUUCGACCAAAUAAUAAAAGAGAAUUGAAGAAUUUCCUCACAUAUGCAAGUGAAGAAGCUCUGGAAGGAAUGAUUGACAUAUUUGUUGAAGGAAGUGCACCGUACGAUCAUUUUGGCAAUGAUCUGCGACAAUUGGGGGACGCAGUUCUCAAUCCGUUGUCUACUGCUUUGGACAAACAAUGUGCCUGGAAUCUCCAGAAGGGAGAAAUUGAAUUUAGAAAUUGUGAUUCUUUUACAACACUUUGGUGCCAAUACAAAGUUAAACCAGUGAUGACUAAAUACCAAUGUAAUGGCUGGUUCAGAAUGGAUCAUGGAUCUCAUGUUAGCUGCUACUAUGUCUAUCGCUAUCGCACAACAGCCCGAAAUGCUCGAGAUGUCUGCAAAGAGAAAAAAGCUGAAUUGGUAACAAUCAGUAAUAUCGGUGAAUGGUCUUAUGUUACACGUCUUGCCAAUACAUUGGCACCUAAUACAAGAGAUCGUUCGCUACUAUUAGGCUACACACGUUGUAGUACGGAUCCACCUGAAUGGCGUACGAUGGAAGGCGGCAUUUCAUCAGGAAUUUUUCCUUUUCCCAAUGCCACUACUGCAAAUGAUGCAGAAUGUUGUUUGGAAAUGAAUAUCGAACAUAAAAUAAACUGUAAAGAAUACUUUUAUCGUUAA